AACCUCGCAAGGUAACAUCACUCAGUAAAUCUUCGGUUGUUCGUGGAGUUGCAUCUCGGAACGCAGAGAGAGAUCUGCAGCACAUUGCACACAAAUAAAUAGCAGCUGCGUUGGUUUGAUCCGCGCAGAUCUCUGUACAAUGGCUCAACCGCUUGUCAAAAAAGACGAUGAUCGUGAUGAAGAAGCUGAUUACUCACCAUUUUUGGGGAUUGAGAAAGGGGCGGUAUUACAGGAAGCUAGGGUUUUUAAUGAUCCUCAGUUAGAUGCUAGGCGAUGCUCACAGGUCAUCACGAAGCUUUUGUACCUUCUUAAUCAGGGCGACUCAUUCACAAAGGUGGAGGCCACUGAAGUAUUUUUUGCUGUCACAAAACUGUUUCAGUCUAAAGACAAUGGUUUGAGAAGGAUGGUAUAUCUAAUCAUAAAGGAUCUUUCUCCCUCUGCUGAUGAGGUUAUUAUUGUCACAAGCUCUUUAAUGAAAGACAUGAAUAGUCGCACUGAUAUGUACCGAGCAAAUGCGAUCCGCGUCCUUUGUCGAAUCACUGAUGGAACACUUUUGACACAAAUUGAGAGAUACUUAAAGCAGGCUAUUGUGGAUAAAAAUCCAGUUGUUGCAAGUGCUGCCCUUGUGAGUGGCAUUCACCUGCUGCAGACUACCCCAGAGAUUGUCAAAAGAUGGAGCAAUGAAGUACAAGAAGCUGUUCAAUCACGAGCUGCACUUGUACAAUUCCAUGCCCUUGCUCUGCUGCACCAGGUAAGAAGUUUAAUCUAUGAUUAUUAUUCUAUUCCUAAUAAGCCUCUUAAAGUGGCUAUGACACAUCCGAUGGCUGUCACAAACUGUAACAUAGACAUGGAAAGCUUGAUUUCCGACCAGAAUAGAAGCAUAGCUACUCUUGCCAUUACCACACUGCUGAAAACUGGCAAUGAAUCUAGUGUUGAUCGGUUGAUGAAACAGAUAACAAAUUUCAUGUCUGAUAUUGCUGAUGAAUUUAAGAUUGUUGUGGUAGAAGCUAUAAGGUCAUUGUGUCUGAAGUUCCCGCUGAAGUACAGAUCUUU